GAACAAACCAAACCAAACACCAACUAGAAAUUCCCACAAAUUAAAAUCCAUCAAUUUUUAAUUCUCACUUUUUCCACUAUUUUCUCUAUUUAUUUUUCCAUAAAAUAUUUUCUCUCAAGUACCAGUAAAAGUAUCUAUUAAUUUUUUUCAUUUUCUCCAUUUUUCGUUUUAAAGAGAUUCCCGUCUUCUGCUUCUUCUUCAUUGUCAUCGUCUUCUUCUCCUCUAAAAAAAAAAAAAAAGUUCGCCGUCAAUCAAAAGUUAAUGGGGAAGAGAGAGAAAGUGAAAUAACCCAGAAAAUUCUCUGCUAAAAUUUAGUGAAGAACAUAAAAUUGAAAUUCAGAUUUGAUUCAAUCGAUCAAUUUUAUCUGAAUUGAGCUUUGUUAUCUUACAUUAACUUUUUAAUUUGGAUUUUCAUAUGCUAGAAAAUUCAACUGCUAAUUUUAGGGUUUAGGAUUUUUUUUUUUCUUUCUCUGAUUACACAAAAAAAUCCAAGUAAAGAAAAAUGGCGAGAAGUAGAUCAUUAUCUUGCUGGAGAUAUUUAAAUCCGGCGUAUUACUUGAAACGACCAAAGAAAUUGGCUUUGUUGUUCAUGGCAUUUGUUAUGGGUACUUUGUUCGUUUGGGAUCGCCAAAGUCUUCUCAGAGAGCAUGAGGAGGAGACUGCUAAGUUAUACUCAGAGGUCAAUCGAUUACAAGAAGAGCUUGAAGGGGUCAAAAGUUCUAUAGGGGUAAAGAAUGAUUUUCCAACAACGAAAAUUAUUUCAGAUGAUCCUAUUGAUGUUGAGCGAAGACAGAAAGUGAAAGAGGCCAUGCUUCAUGCUUGGAGUUCAUACGAGAAAUAUGCCUGGGGGCAAGAUGAACUUCAGCCCCAGUCAAAGAGUGGUGUUAAUAGCUUCGGAGGUCUUGGAGCUACAUUGAUAGACUCAUUGGAUACAUUGUAUAUAAUGGGUCUGGAUGAACAAUUCCAAAGAGCUAGAGAGUGGGUUGCAAAUUCGUUGGAUUUUAACAAAGAUUAUGAUGCUAGUGUCUUUGAGACAACCAUAAGAGUUGUAGGGGGACUGUUAAGCGCAUAUGAUCUCUCCAACGACAAGAUGUUCCUUGAAAAAGCCCAAGACAUUGCUGAUAGAUUGCUACCUGCAUGGGACACAUCUUCUGGUAUACCAUAUAACAUUAUUAACCUGGCACAUGGAAGACCACAUAAUCCUGGAUGGACAGGGGGAGACAGCAUAUUAGCAGAUUCAGGCACUGAGCAAGUUGAAUUUAUUGCACUCUCUCAGAGGACAGGGGAUCCCAAAUACCAGCAGAAGGUUGAAAAUGUUAUAUCAGUAUUCAAUAAAACCUUUCCUGAAGAUGGUUUGCUGCCUAUUUAUAUUAGUCCUGAUAGCGGGACAGGAUCGCGUACAACUAUCACUUUUGGUGCUAUGGGUGACAGCUUUUACGAAUAUCUUCUCAAGGUAUGGAUACAGGGGAACAAAACUGCAUCCGUAAAACUCUACAGGGAGAUGUGGGAGAAAUCAAUGAAUGGCCUUUUAACUCUGAUUCAAAAGACAACGCCUUCAUCUUUCACGUAUAUCUGUGAGCGAAAUGGGAACUCUUUGCAUCAUAAGAUGGAUGAGUUAGCAUGCUUUGCUCCUGGAAUGUUGGCUUUAGGAUCAUCUGGUUAUGGUCCAGAGGAUUCAAAGAAAUUUAUGUCACUUGCUCAAGAGUUGGCGUGGACAUGCUAUAACUUCUACCAGUCAACACCUACAAAAUUAGCAGGGGAGAAUUAUUUCUUUCACGAGGGCCGGGACAUGUCUGUGGGUACAUCAUGGAACAUUUUGAGACCAGAAACAGUGGAAUCACUGUUCUACUUGUGGCGCCUUACAGGAAACAAGACGUAUCAGGAAUGGGGUUGGAACAUAUUUCAAGCGUUCGAGAAAAAUUCCCGUGUAGAGGGAGGCUAUGUGGGCCUCAAGGAUGUAAAUAGCGGUGUUAAAGACAAUAUGAUGCAGAGCUUUUUCUUGGCAGAAACCCUGAAAUAUAUGUAUCUUCUCUUCUCACCCCCAUCAUUAAUUCCUUUAGAUCAAUGGGUCUUUAAUACCGAGGCUCAUCCAUUAAAAAUUGUAACGCGGUCAGUUAGUGGGGAGCAGCGUAAUAGGCCCUUUAUUCGACAGCGUGCCAGGAAGGAAGGUCGAAAUUGAUCUACGGACAAAUUUUGGAGGCAGUUUAAACAUCAACAGUAGAUGGUGUAUUGAGAUUAGAUACCUGUUUCAACUUUAUUUUGAUUUGAAGCUCCAGUACAUUAGAUGGUUCAGGGCUCAGCGUGCAGGAUUUUAAAUCAACCAGAAGGCGUUGGGGCUGUUGAAACAGCACUUUAUGCUCCGGAUUAGCUUCAUCUUUCAUCCUGUAGGUUUGUAAAGUAGUUCAAAACUUCAAAUGUAACUUAAGCUUAGUUUUUUUUAUUGUCAUGCUUCAUGAGUAUUGAGGUAUUUAUACACGGAUACAGUGAUAGUCGUAAUUUCGAGCUCAUUGUGCUUGCUUUAGUGGAUGAUGAUUUGAUAGUACAUCAUCUUUUAUCCCAACCUGUAUUGUUCAGAUGUGUAAAAGGUUUUUCUUGUACAAUCUCUUUGACAAUAAUGGCCUCUCUGAUUAUCAUGUUUAAGAGUAGAAUUCUAUUUUUGA